AUGACAACUCCCCAGGUCCACCAUCUGUUCCAUGCCCCAAUUGCAGACCACUCGUUCUCUACAGACAAGCAAACCCUCGCUGUCGCCCGGGAGAACAAUGUGGAGCUCUAUCAACAAUCAGGCAACAAGUAUGCGCUGAGUGAUGAACUCAAGGGCCAUGAGAAAACCGUUACCAGCGUGGACAUUGCCCCCAACAGUGGCCGCAUUGUGACUUGCUCACAAGACCGCAACGCCUACGUCUGGGAAAAGACCCCCUCCGGAUGGAAGCCCACUCUCGUCCUUCUCCGUAUCAACCGUGCUGCAACUUUUGUGCGCUGGUCGCCCUCGGAGCAGAAGUUUGCCGUCGGCUCCGGUGCUCGAGUGAUCGCUGUUUGUUAUUUCGAGGAGGAGAAUGACUGGUGGAUCUCGAAGCAUCUCAAGAAGCCUAUUCGCAGCACCAUCACCACCCUCGCAUGGCACCCGAACUCCGUGUUGCUGGCAGCAGGAUCCACUGAUUCCCAUGCUCGCGUCUUCUCCAGCUUUAUUAAGGGCAUCGACACCCGCCCAGAGCCUAGCGCUUGGGGCGAGCGCCUGCCUUUCAACACCAUCUGUGGUGAAUACCUGAAUGAUACCGCCGGUUGGAUCCAAGGUGUCGCCUUCUCCCCCAGCGGCAACGCCCUUGCCUUUACUGGUCAUGAUAGCAGUGUGACUGUUGUCUACCCCAGUGCCCCGGAGCAGCCUCCCCGUGCCAUGUUGAACAUCUCUACGCGCAUGCUGCCUCUUAACAGCCUCAUUUGGAACGGCGAGACUGAGAUCAUUGCGGCCGGACAUGACUGCGAGCCUUUCCGCUUCCGCGGCGAUGAAAACGGAUGGCAACUUGCCGGCUCCUUGGAAAACAAGGCUGGAGAUGCCGGCGGUGCUCGCGAGGAAUCCGCCUUGAACAUGUUCCGACAGAUGGAUCUCAAGGGUCAGGCCUCAGCAGACACUAAGCUCAAGUCCACCCAUCAGAACACUGUGAACACCAUUCGAGUUCAUGAAGAAGCCAACGGGGCUGUGAGCUCCUUCAGCACUAGCGGUGUCGAUGGUCGUGUGGUGGUCUGGUCCGCGUGA